AUGAGAGGAUACCGAGGGAUCAAGUACAUUCUGUUCAUCUGCUGCUACAUCUUCUGGGUUGUGAGCUCCGUCCUCACAGCCGUCGGCAUCUACGCAAAGAUCGCCAAAGAGAGAGAUGUGGUCGAUACCCUGACGCUGGAUCCGGCUCUGCUGCUGGUCAUCGUCGGCUCCGUUAUGUUUCUGAUCACCGUUCUCGGAUGUUGCGGAUCGCUGCGUAACACCACCUGCCUGCUGAGGAUGUUUCUGGCGAUCCUGGUGAUCAUCCUCUUACUACAGAUCGCAGCCGGAGUCGUAGGAUAUCUCUUCACUGACAUGGUGAUGGAGAGGACGGAGAGGCUGAUGAUGAAGGCCAUCGUCCGCUACAGGGAGGACCAAGACCUGGAGAACGCCAUCGACUUCAUCCAGAAGAAGUUCCAGUGCUGCGGAGUAGAGAGCUACAAGGAUUGGUCCCAUAAUGUUUACUUUGAGUGUUUGGACACCAACCCGAGUCUGGAGGCCUGCGGAGUUCCCUUCUCCUGCUGCGUUCACCUACAGAACCAGACGGUGCUGAACACCAUGUGUGGUUAUGGGAUGCAGCAGCUGGAGCAGAGUUCGGCCCGUCAUGACGUCUUUACUGUCGGCUGCCUGCAGAAAAUCAUCUCAUGGGCCAAAAACAACCUGCUGCUGGUGGCUGGUCUGACCCUCGGCCUGCUGCUGCUCGAGGUCUGUAUGAUCUGCCUGGCUUCUGCUCAGAUCACCUGGAUUAAAAAAGUCAAACUGCAAAAGAAAGAAAAUGAGUCUAGAAGCAAGUCGGAAAGGAAAGACAGCUACUGGUAUCCUGCGUUCGCUGACUUUGACGACGAGUGA